UGAGAUGCCUCACUGGGAGGAAGCCUAGACAGUGGACCCAUUGGCUACAUUGGGCUGAAUUCUGGUACAACACCAACUACCACUCUUCUUUGAAAUUGACCCCUUACAAAGCAUUAUUUGGGCAAGACCCUCCUGCAGUCAUCAGGGGGGAUGUGUCUUUAACUGCUGUGGAGGAAGUAUCUAAAUUGACAGCCCAAAGGAAUGCCAUGUUGGAGGAAUUAAAAGGAAACCUAGCUCAAGCUCAGAAUCUAAUGCAACAACAAGCAAAUAAGCAUAGGAGGGAGAUGGAGUUGACUGAGGGAGACAGUGUCUAUCUCAAAAUACAGCCUUACAAACUUCAAAGUCUGGCCAAGAGGAUUAAUCAGAAGCUGAGCCCCAGAUUUUAUGGCCCCUUUCAGAUAUUGGAGAAAAUUGGCCCUGUAGCUUAUAAACUCAAACUUCCAGAGAACAGCCGGAUACAUCCUGUAUUCCAUGUUUCCUUAUUGAAGAAGGCCUUAGCACCUACUACUGUUUGCCAGGACCUGCCCAAAUGCCUUAAUGAAGAACUAGAGCUACAAGUGAUACCAGAAGAGGUGGUGGAGAGCAGAAGAAACCAGGAAGGAAAAGAGGAGGUUCUCAUACAUUGGAAGGGUUUACCAAAAUUUGAAGAUACUUGGGAAGAUGCACAAGUAAUGAAGGAUCUAUUCCCUGAGUUUCACCUUGAGGACAAGGUGAAUUUUCAGGGAGGGAGUAUUGAUAGGAUGACAGCUCAGCCACCUAUUAAAUAUUUUAAUAAAGUUUAUCAAAGGAAGAGGGGAAGGGCAGUUUAGUAAAUUUGCUCAUAAGUUAGUUAUUUACUUUUGUCCCUGCGUGGACACUUUACUAUAAAUAGUUUGUUAGUAGCUAAUAAAUGCAGGCUGAAUUUAGUGGAUGUCAGAACUUUUUGGAGGUUGGGCCCCUCGAAUUUGCCCUGAGCACUGUAUCCUCUUGUGAUCUGUUCGGUUGGAUAAUAAAAUUCCCGAUCAUCUCUCCCAUUUCUUACUGAGUUUUCU